GAAAAUGUGAUUUUGAUGGCAAUUUAGGGACACAUAAAACUGUCCGACUUUGGACUCUGCACUGGCCUUAAGAAAUCACAUCGAACUGAGUUUUACAGAGACUUAUCUCAAGCAAAACCCAGUGAUUUCACAUCAAAUCCGAUGGACUCUAAACGCAGAGCCGAGAGUUGGAAGAAAAAUAGGAGACAAUUGGCGUACUCUACAGUCGGAACACCUGAUUAUAUUGCGCCCGAAGUUUUCAUGCAAACCGGUUAUGUUUCGAGUGCCGACUGGUGGUCACUGGGAGUCAUAAUGUAUGAGAUGCUUAUCGGAUACCCACCGUUCUGUUCAGAGACACCGCAGGAGACCUACAGAAAAGUGAUGAACUGGAGGGACACUCUUGUCUUCCCGCCCGAAGUGCCCAUCAGUAAUGAGUCCCGAGAUAUGAUUCAACGGUUCUGCGCGGAGGCCGACAAACGUAUCGGUUCUGGCGCUGGUAUUGAAGAGAUUAAAGAGCACUCAUUCUUCAAAGGCGUUGAUUGGGAACACAUUCGUGAAAGGCCGGCCGCUAUAGCAGUGGAAGUGAAAUCGAUUGACGACACCUCUAAUUUCGAUGACUUCCCUGAUGUUGAUCUCAAAAUACCUUCUGCGCCGACCAAAGAGCCGACCGAAACGACUGGUUUGAAAGAUUGGGUUUUUAUUAAUUAUACGUUUAAACGCUUUGAAGGAUUGACUCAAAGAGGGAACAAAACGCCGCGAAAAAGUUAAAUAAAUGCGUGAAUGAAAUGACAUCUCAAACGAAAGACAUUGUUUAGCGAGUGAUGUGUUGAACUGAAAGCACCGUUUGAAUCGAUAAUUCACUAUUUGUUUGCAUCGUUUGACUCGACUUUCAUUUUAAUUUAUUAUUUUUGUCGACUCUUUUAUGUUUAGCUUAAUAUUUGAAAUACAACUUUCAGUACAACUUUAUAUUUAAUUUUCAAAAAUCUAGUCAUUUGUUUAGUUUUGCUGAUAAUUUGGUGUUUUAUAUAUUCAAAUGGAGAGACAUUCCCAAUGAUUUCCAUCGGUUUUUUCUACUGAAGCACUCAUUCAUACGACUUGUAUUUGCAUUAAUAUAUAUUAUAUAAUAUUUGCCAUAAAUUAUUACAUAAGAAAAGUAACAAUUGUUGAGUACAAUCGAUA